AGAGCGUAGAAAACAUUAUCAACGAGCUGCUAGGUAGAGAGAGAGAGAGAGAGCUAGCGAGUGCCAACGGUAAGCCGAGAGAGUGAGUGAGAGUGAGAGUGAGUGUGCGAGUGCGUGUGUGUCCCGCUGCGGCAGUGUGGUACCGUGGCAGCGCGCGCGCGAACAUGAGCGAGGAAAGCAAUCCGCGUACUCUGUACGUGGGCAACCUGGACACGACGGUGUCCGAGGACCUUCUGUGCGCGCUCUUCUCGCAGAUCGGCGCGGUGAAGGGUUGCAAGAUCAUCCGCGAGCCCGGCAACGAUCCGUAUGCGUUCGUCGAGUUCACGAACCACCAGUGCGCGGCCACGGCUCUGGCCGCCAUGAACAAGCGCUCGUUCCUGGACAAGGAGAUGAAGGUUAACUGGGCGACCAGUCCGGGCAAUCAGCCGAAGCUCGACACGAGCAAUCACCAUCACAUAUUCGUGGGCGAUCUCUCGCCCGAGAUCGAGACGCAGACGCUGAAGGAGGCGUUCGCGCCAUUCGGCGAGAUCAGCAACUGCCGGAUCGUCCGCGACCCCCAGACUCUGAAGAGCAAGGGCUACGCGUUCGUCUCGUUCGUGAAGAAGUCCGAGGCCGAGGCGGCGAUCGCCGCGAUGAACGGCCAGUGGCUCGGCUCACGCAGCAUCCGCACGAACUGGUCCACCAGGAAACCACCGCCGCCGCGGUCCGAGAGGCCGAGACACUCGAACAAUAGUAAACCCAACUACGAAGAGGUACGCCGGCCCAGCCAAGUGUAUAACCAAAGUAGUCCGACCAAUUGCACCGUAUAUUGCGGAGGCUUCACAAACGGCAUCACCGACGAGCUGAUAAAGAAAACGUUCUCUCCCUUCGGCACCAUCCAGGACAUAAGAGUAUUCAAGGAGAAGGGAUAUGCCUUUAUUAAGUUUACGACUAAGGAAGCCGCGACACACGCCAUCGAAUCUACACACAACACGGAGAUCAACGGUAGCAUCGUCAAGUGUUUUUGGGGGAAGGAGAAUGGCGAUCCGAAUAGCGUCGGCCCUAAUGCGAAUCACCAGGCUCAACAGGUGACAGCGGGAGCCGGACAAUAUCCGUACGGAUACGGCCAGCAGAUGGGCUACUGGUAUCCGCAGAGCUAUCCCCAGAUGCAGGGUCAGUUCUUGCAACCUACUCAAUAUUACGGUCAAUAUUAUGGCCAGCAAACCCAGUACAUGAACAGCAUGAGGAUGCCUACACCCGGUGCGGGUACUUGGCAACCGGCCCAGGCGACUGCUGCACCGCCGACAGCGAGCGCACCGUUGCCGCCGGGCCAGCAACCGACUAUGGUAACCUACACAAUGCCACACCAAUACCCUACGCAAUGAAAUUCAUGAUUGACCGGCGUCAGCUAAUUGUUAACGUUACGAUAUAUACAGUUGUCGCGUCUCAGGGGCUAUCGCGAGGAAUCGUUCUGUCAUAUACCUACUCCAACAUUCAUAUUAUAUUCGGGUAUAUUUUCGCGUCAACACAGGGUUCAGGAUGAUCGUUUUCGCGAGACUACAUUAUUUCUUAAAACUUGAAGAAACAAACUUGGAAAAAAAAUAAGAAAAAAAAAACGAACGAACGUUCGUUGCAAGCAAAACGGAGAAAAGGGAGAACGAGGGGUGUAGAGGGGGAGAGUAUCUUUGCAUUGUUGAAGGGAUAUUCAUUCGUCGGUGUGGAAGGAGGAUGAUAAUGCUUUUAUCGUUGCUUUCUUUUCCUGUGUUAUUCUCCCCGCUGAGGGAACCGUGCGAAACCGUUAAUUGUACCCGGACGCGCGACCGUCGAUCGAAUCGACGUGUCGUGCUGUAUCGAUUAUGUAAUAAUUGUUCGCGAUGUAUAUUUGACGAUUUUCGCUGGCGCGCGCGCACGCACGCUGAUGCGAUGUGUUGAAACAGGUAUAUCUCCGAACCUUUACUCGCGGUCCCCUGAAAAAAAAAACACACACAUACACAUACAACCGAGCCCCGCACACGUUGCGCUGCGCGAGCAAGUACGGUACGUACGUAUGCGGCGAUUGCGUUGUUGAUACCUUUUAAUAUUUUUGUCACUGAAUACCCCUCCCCCCGUGGACGUCCCCUCAGUUUAACCGCGGAUCAUUGACGAACGACACGCGACAAAUGUUCAUUUGAGAGAGAGAGAGAGAGAGAGAGAGAGAGAGAGAGAGAGAGAGAGAGCACCGGACAUAGUUAAUAAAAUAAGGAUAGAAAAGCGAUUAGCUAGACACAGCGCCUGUGAUGUAGCUAGAUUUUCCGACGCGUGGAUACGCCAACGCGUGCGGGGCUUUUAACAAAAUAAAUAAACUGCGCGAGAGUAACGAGAGAGUAACGAGUUACAACUUUCCUCGUUAUGUGAUAUUUAUCGUCGGUGGUCAAUGUAUAAAAAA